AUGAGCGACUGGCAGCUUCUGCCGGUUGGCGUUCGUAAGCUUGUCGACCACUUUGGCGAUGCUAGGCCUAACAGUUGCUCUCUUUCGCCGUCCGGCGUAGAGUUCAAUGCGGAUGAGCUGUUGAGCGAACUAAGUUUGAACGCCGCAGCGUCUUCGCCUACUUCAUCAUGGAACAGGACGAAAAGCAACGCUUCUACUAGUCCAUCGUUGUACAGUCCUCAUAGCGUUUCUGCUGCUGCGAAGAGCGAACGUGAAGCUGAACUAAAUUCCCUCACUAUCAGCAUGAUAAAGAAUAUGGAGGCCGGUGUUUCACCGCUACACGGUACGUUAUGAAU